AGGCGAGCCUUUUGAAUGACAGCGCUUGGGGAGCAAGACGAAUUUCGCUCUGAUUUCCCCCGCAGCCGCAGCGUCGACGAGAAGCAGUCGAGGAACUCCAUUCUAACUGAAUGGAUUGGCAUGGGGAGAAGCGGACCUCAGAUCACGGCUAAGCUGCAGCUUUGGGACUGUGUAACGCUGACGAUGGUUGUUAUUUCGCUCCUCUGUCCACCAGCCUCUUGUCAGCAGUGUCGCAUCCAACGCUGCAAUGCUGAGUACGUGGCGUCUACCUCACCCUCGAACGGCCUGCAGGAGGACACGACGCUCGACGUGGACUACUGCAUUGCCCUGCGGGCCUACGCCCUGUGCACCCGUCGGCAGGCCCGCAGCUGCCGCGGCGACCUGGUCUACCACUCGGCUGUCUUCCGCAUCAAGGAGUUAUUUUCUCAGCACAACUGCUCCAGCGACGGACCGACGUCCUCCGCCAAGGUCCCCAGCACGUCCCGGCCAGCCGUGUCGGAACUGUGCAACUACGAGAACCGAGUGCUCGGCGCCGGUUCGGGUGGCCAGCAGAAGAAGUACGCCCACUGUGGAUUAUUCGGAGACCCGCACCUUCGAACUUUCCGGGACGAGUUCCAGACCUGCAAGGUGGAAGGGGCAUGGCCUCUGAUCGACAACCAAUUCCUGUCCGUGCAGGUGACCAACGUGCCUGUCGUCCUUGGUUCCAGCGCCACCGCAACCAGCAAGAUCACAGUCAUCUUCAAGUCUUAUCGCGGCUGCACGGACCAGAAAGUGUACCAGGCCACCGCGGAUGACCUGCCAUUGGCCUUUCAGGACGGCACCCGCAGCGGCGGCGAUAGCGGCAGCCUGACCGUCGCCGAGCGCAGCGGGUCCGGAGCGGGCCGCCAGGUGAAGAUCCAAGCGCGUUACAUGGGCACCUCCAUUAUCGUGCGGCGCGUGGGCAGCUACCUUACCUUUGCCAUCCGCAUGCCCGAGGACAUGCUGGACUUUUCCGAGGACGGCGGCGGCCUGCAGCUGUGCCUGCACGGCUGCCCGCGCAACGAGCUCAUCAAGGAACACACGCUCGGCCGCCAGAGCCAGCAGCACCGGCCGCCGGGCGCCGCCACCGAGCCGGGUCCGCUACGGCCCCCUCACCAGGUCUACACGGUGGAGCGAGCCACGGCCAAAUGUCGAGAGACUCUGCAGGUGGAGGACGUUUACUUCCAGUCCUGCGUGUUCGACCUGCUGACCACGGGGGACCCCGAGUUCUCCAUGGCGGCCUACGGCGCCUUGGAGGAUUUAAGGGCGCUGCCGCCCAGCAAACUCAAGCAGAACUCCCCGAGGAGUCCGCGUCUUUACAACGGAAGAGCGUCACAGACCGGAGCAGUCAACGGCCCGGCUUUUGUUGUCACAGUGCUGCUCCUCAUUGUGCUGCUUUUGUAAAAAAAAAAAAAAAUAAAUAAAUAAAAAUAAAAUAAAAACAUCCAUUAUUUGGGAAAAAGACUGGUGGAUGCAUCACCAGCUCGAGGAAAGCUUGACAAGAACGCCAUCGUAAUAUCUUGAUUUGCAACCGUUAAAGCCCAGGCGUCAAACUCAAGGCCCGGGGGCCAUAUCUGGCCUGCCGCAUGAUUUUAUGUGGCCCACGAAGGUAAAUUAUGAGUAUCAACUUCCAUGAUUUAAAAAAAAAAAAAAUUGUACUAAAGUUUUAAAUUGUCACUUAAACAACAGGAAUACUUCAAAAACCCAUUACCCUUGAUUUGGGAUUAGAAAACUAGCUCAUAAAUUUCAUCUGUAAAUAUUAUGAGGUGAUAGAUUUUCACGGUUUUCACAUUCAUAACGGCCCUCCGAGGGAAACCGUAACGACAAUGUGGCCCGCGACAAAAAUGAGAACCCUUUCGUUAUAGCUUUUGUGGGAUUGCAAUCUGUCAGAAUGGAUUGGCAAAAGAUUUUUAUUUUUGUACAUACGAAAUUUCACUCCAUCUUUCCCGUACCACGCGCGCUACGCCAUGCAUGGUCUCUGGUCAUCGCAGCAGCACUUACCACAUUAUCAACAGGCACGUUUUGUGUAUUUCAUUGUAAUUUCACAGCGUGGGCGUGACGAAUACACAAGCUCCAACAACUGUAUGUAAAAACUACCUGCCCGCCGUACAGCAUUCUGUUAAACACUCCCUCUUAAAGCUGUCUGGCUGCCGGUAUUAAAAGGUAAAGGAAAAUGAACGUUAUAUAAUAAUAUAUUCAAAGAGUGUAUAUGUGUUUUAUAUUGUGUACAUUUGCUGAUGUAUAGUUGUUUUAAACGGUAAUGCGUUUUACUUUUGUCGUGUUUUCAAGGCUAUUUUAGUAAAUAAACUGUCGUUCCCCAUGUAAUUUUCCAUAUUAAAGUG